UCAUGUCCACUUACUAUCAAACAUGUUGAGCUUUUAUUUUGAAAAAAAAACGAGGACUUGUUGACGUCAUUUUUAUUCGACAGAAGUGACCCAGAAUCCAUUGCGCCCAAAAUCAUGGCUGGUGUUCUGAAAAAGACCACAGGCUUGGUGGGACUGGCCGUGUCUCACAACCCUCAUGAGCGCCUGAGGAUCCUGUACAGUAAGAUCCUGGCGUCUCUCCAGAUCAUGCCUCAGGACGCAGCCUACAGAAAGUACACAGAACAGCUUGUCCAUGACCGCUUUGACCUUAUCAAAGCUGAGCCUGAUGUGGAGAAACUAGAGAAGAAAAUCAACUGUGGUCAGAUUGAGGAGGUCAUUCACCAGGCGGAGUGUGAGUUGGCACUAUCCAGGAAGAUGGCGGAGUGGAAACCAUGGGAACCACUGAUUGAAGAGCCCCCUGUCAACCAAUGGAAGUGGCCUGUUUAAAGACUACUUCCUGUAUUUAUCAUAUGUCUGUGUCAAUGUGUAAGUUCUUCAUGCUCCAUUCACAAUGAAGCAUGUACAAAUAAAGCAGUGGAAAUAUUUUCCCUAUCCUUGUAAAACUAA